GCCCGAGCUCAUCUGCAAGCUGGAGCGAGGAGAGACGCCGUGCGUUCCAGACCCCCCCGGGGAGCAGCGGAGGCACCGCAGCCCUGUGCCGGGCGGGUCCCGGGGGUCCGUGGCAGCGGUGGGUUGUUCCAUCAGCGGAAGCUGGGGGGACUCGUCCCAAAGCCAGCUCAGAGGGACCUCGGCGAACCACUCAGGACAACCUCAGCUCUCCCCCAUGAUACUCCCCCAGCCUUUGCAGAAGCCGCUCCCCACGUGUCCUGAGUGCAACAAGAGCUUCAGGACCCGGACUGCAUUGGCCAUCCACGAGCGGAGCCACACGGGCGAGCGCCCCUUCACCUGCCCUGAAUGCGGCAAGAACUUCAUCCAGAAAAAACACCUGGUCAAACACCAGCUCAUCCACACCGGCGAGCGCCCCUUUGCCUGUGUUGACUGUGGUUACCAAUUCAGCCGAAAGCAACACCUGCUCACUCACCAGCGCACCCACACCAAGGAACGCCCCUUCAUCUGUGCUGACUGCAACAAGAGCUUCAGCCAUAAGGGCUCCCUUAUCAAACACCAGCGCAUGCACACUGGCGAGCGUCCAUUUGCCUGCAACCACUGCAACCACCGCUUCAGUCAAAAGCAACACUUGGUCAUCCACCAGCGCAUCCACACGGGCGAGCGCCCCUUCACUUGUCCCAAUUGUGACCACCGCUUCAGCCGGAAGGAUCAUCUGGUCACACACCAGCGCAUCCACACCGGGGAGCGACCCUUCACCUGCUCCGACUGCGGCAAGAGCUUCAGCCAGAAGGGUGACCUUGUCAUUCACCAGCGCAUCCACACUGGCGAGCGUCCCUUUGCCUGCAGCCACUGCAACCAGCGCUUCAGCCAAAAGCAAUGCUUGGUCAUCCACCAGCGUAUCCACAGUGGCGAGCGACCCUUCACCUGCUCCGACUGCGGCAAGAGCUUCAGCCGCAAGAGUGACCUUGUCAGCCACCAGCGCAUCCACACGGGCGAGCGUCCCUUUGCCUGCAGCCACUGCAACUACCGCUUCAGCCAAAAGCAAUGCCUGGUCACUCACCAGCGCAUCCACACUGGCGAGCGACCCUUCACCUGCUCCGACUGUGGCAAGAGCUUCAGACGCAAGAGUGACCUUGUCAUCCACCAGCGCAUCCACACGGGCGAGCGACCCUUCACGUGUCCUAAUUGUGACCACCGCUUCAGCCGGAAGGAGCAUUUAGUCACUCACCAGCGCAUCCACACGGGCGAGCGACCCUUCACCUGCUCCGACUGCGGCAAGAGCUUCAGCCGCAAGGGUGACCUUGUCAGCCACCAGCGCAUCCACACGGGCGAGCGACCCUUCACCUGCUCCGACUGCAGCAAGAGCUUCAGAGAGAAGGGGGCCCUGAUCAAGCACCAGCGCAUCCACUCCACUGACCCCCUUCGCUGCUCCAACUGUGACAAGGACUUCAUCUGGAAGUGUGACCUGACAAAUCACCGGUGUGUACACACUGGUGAACACUUCUUUGCCUGCGUCCAUGGUUACCACCACUUCAGCCCUCACCUCCACUCUGGCCCAGCCCCCUGGUUGCUGGACAAGACCCCCUCCAUGUUCCCUGAGUGCAAGAAGAGCUUUAGGAACCAGACUGCACUGGCCAUCCAUGAACAGAGCCACACGGGUGAGUGGCCCUUCACCUGCUCCAGGUGUAGCAAGAGCUUCCUCCAGAAGGACUCUCUGAUCAACCACCAGCGCAUCCACACAGAUGAGUGCCCCUUUGCCUUUAUUGACUGUGGGAAGAGCUUUAGCAACACCAUCUCCCUUCUCAAGUGUAACAAGAGCUUCAGCCAGAAGGGCCACCUCAUCACCCACCUGUGCAUCCACAUCGCAGAGCACCCCUUUGCCUGCACUGAUGGCGGCAAGAGCUUCAGCCUUAAGAGUGCCCUGAUCAGACACCAGCGCAUCCACACCGGCGAGAAGCCCUACAAGCGUGGCCAGACCUGCAGCCAGAAGUCUGGAACAGAAACACCAGCUGUCGGAGUGGGAGGUGGACCCGGAGGAUCAAUGCACCCGCUGGUGUCUCUUCAGGUCAGACUUCUUCCUGAAAGUCUUGUUGCACACCUCACAGUUGUACGGCUUCUCACCACUGUGGAUGGUUUGGUGGGCUAUGAGCACACUCUUCACUCUGAAGCUCUUGCUGCACUCGGGGCAGGUGAAUGGGCGCUCAUCUGUGUGGAUGCGUUGGUGCGUGAUCAGGCUGGACUUACAGUUGAAGUUCUUGCCACAGUCAGCACAGACAAAAGGGCGCUCGCCUGUGUGGAUGCGUUGGUGCUUGGUCAGGCUGACCUUCCAGUUGAAGUUCUUGCCACAGUCAGCACAGUGAUAUGGGCGCUCGCCUGUGUGGAUGCGCUGGUGGCUGAGCAUGUGAUGCUUCUGUCCGAAGCUUUUGCCACACUCCAUGCAUACGAAGGGGCGCUCACCAGUGUGGAUGCGCUGGUGUCUGAUCAAGAAGACCUUCUCAUUGAAGCGCUUGCCGCAGCUGGUACAGGAAAAGAGACACUCACCAGAGUGGAUGCGCUGGUGGGCGAUCAGCAAGUGCUUCCAGAUGAAGCUCUUUCCACAGUCAGCACAGUGAAAGGGGCGCUCACCCGUGUGGAUGCGCUGGUGUCUGAUCAAGAAGACCUUCUUAUUGAAGCUCUUGCCACAGCUGGUACAGGAAAAGAGGUGCUCACCAGAGUGGAUGCGUUGGUGGGUGAUCAGCGAGUGCUUCCAGAUGAAGCUCUUUCCACAGUCAGCACAGUGAAAGGGGCGCUCGUCUGUGUGGAUGCGUUCGUGUCUGGUCAGGCUGCUCUUCCAGAUGAAGCUCUUACUGCAGUCGGUGCAGGUGAAGGGGCGCUCACCCGUGUGGAUCUUCUUGUGGGCGAUCAGUGUACUCCGCCUCCUGAAGCUCUUAUCGCACUCAGGGCAUGUGAGGGGGGUCUUCUCCAGCGGCUGGGGGGCCAGGCCAAGAGGAGGUUGCGCUCUGAGGCUCGACCGGAGCGGGGCCGCUCGGGGCCUCGCAAUUUCCCCCCAGGCGCUGCUGCAGCGAGAGCCGCUCUGGGCUGUGCCCGCCUGGAGCCUGGGCUGCGGGGUCCCAGCGCCCCGCGGAGAGGCGGAGCCCAACGGGAGACACCAAUUCCGCCACAGAAACGUUUAGUCUUCUCCGUUCUUGUCGACGGCGGAACCACGGCAGAGGGGGUGCCGGGAAAGGAGGCGGAGAUUCGGCCGCGCUUCGGGCUGCAGAUGGCGGGGCCGUUCGAGGAGGUGGCCGUCUACUUCUCCCGCCAGGAGUGGGCAGAGCUGGCGGGCUGGCAGCGGCGGCUCUACCGGGAGGUGAUGCUGGACACCUACGGAAUGCUCGCCUCGCUGGGCUGGGACACCGUCAAGCCCGAGCUCAUCUGCAAGCUGGAGCGAGGAGAGACGCCGUGCGUUCCAGACCCCCCCGGGGAGCAGCAGAGGCACCGCAGCCCUGUGCCGGGCGGGUCCCGGGGGUCCGUGGCAGCGGUGGGUUGUUCCAUCAGCAGAAGCUGGGGAGACUCGUCCCAAAGCCAGCUCAGAGGGACCUCGGCGGACCUCUCAGGACAACCUCAGCUCUCCCCCAUGAUACCCCCCCAGCCUUUGCAGAAGCCGCUCCACACGUGUCCUGAGUGCAGCAAGAGCUUCAGGACCCGGACUGCAUUGGCCAUCCACGAGCGGAGCCACACGGGCGAGCGCCCCUUCACCUGCCCUGAAUGCGGCAAGAACUUCAUCCAGAAAAAACACCUGGUCAAACACCAGCUCAUCCACACUGGCGAGCGCCCCUUUGCCUGUGUUGACUGUGGUUACCAAUUCAGCCGAAAGCAACACCUGCUCACUCACCGGCGCACCCACACCAAGGAACGCCCCUUCAUCUGUGCUGACUGCGGCAAGAGCUUCAGCCGCAAGGGUGACCUUGUCAUCCACCAACGCAUCCACACUGGCGAGCGUCCCUUUGCCUGCAGCCACUGCAACCACUGCUUCAGCCAAAAGCAACAAUUGGUUAUCCACCAGCGCAUCCACACUGGCGAGCGACCCUUCGCUUGUCCCAAUUGUGACCACCGCUUCAGCCGGAAGGAGCAUCUGGUCACUCACCAGCGCAUCCACACGGGCGAGCAACCCUUCACCUGCUCCGACUGUGGCAAGAGCUUCAGCCGCAAGAGUGACCUUGUCAUCCACCAGCGCAUCCACACGGGUGAGCGCCCCUUCACCUGCUCCAACUGCAGCAAGAGCUUCAGAGAGAAGGGGGCCCUGACCAAGCACCAGCGCAUCCACUCCACUGAGCCCCCUUCCUGCUCUAACUGUGACAAGAACCUCAUCUGGAAGUGUGACCUGACGAAUCACUACCGGUGUGUACACACUGCUGAGCGCUUCUUUGCCUGCAUCCACGGUUACCACCACUUCAGCCCUCACCUCCACUCUGGCCCAGCCCCCUGGUUGCUGGACAAGACCCCCUCCAUGUUUCCUGAGUGCAAGAAGAGCUUUAGGAACCAGACUGCACUGGCCAUCCAUGAACAGAGCCACACGGGUGAGUGGCCCUUCACCUGCUCCAGGUGUAGCAAGAGCUUCCACCAGAAGGACUCCCUGAUCAACCACCAGCGCAUCCACACAGGUGAGUGCCCCUUUGCCUUUGUUGACUGUGGGAAGAGCUUUAGCAACACCAUCUCCCUUCUCAAGUGUAAGUGAAUCCACAGUGGUGAGAAGCCCUUUUCCUGUGUCAACUGCAGCAAGAGCUUCAGCCAGAAGGGCCACCUCAUCACCCACCUGUGCAUCCUCACCGCAGAGCACCCCUUUGCCUGCACUGAUGGUGGCAAGAGCUUCAGCCUUAAGAGUGCCCUGAUCAGGCACCAGCACAUCCACACUGGUCAGCAGCCCUCCACCUGUGCUGCCUGCGGCAAGAACUUCAGCCAGAAGGGUGCCCUGAUCAAGCACCAGCGCAUACACACCAGGGAGCGGCCCUUCUCCUGCACUGACAGUGACAAGAGCUUCAGCCAGAAGUGCAACAUCAUCCCUGACCAGUGUAUCCACACAGGUGAGCGCCCCAUUGCCUGCGCCGACUGCGGCAAGAGCUUCAGCCAGAAGGGUGCCCUGAUCAAGCACCAGCGCAUCCACACCGGCGAGAAACCCUACAAGUGUGAUGAUUGCAGCGAGGCCUACAGCCAGAAGUCUGAUCUGAAGAAACACCAGCGGCUGCACCAGGGCCCACAGGGUGACUGCCUUGGCAGCCCGAUGGCCUCUGAAGCUGAUGCUGAGGGUCCCACGUGGACAGAUGCUGCUUUCUUUUUCCUAUUUGAGACUAAAUCAAAAGCUUCUUGGUGCUGAUGACAAGCAGUGAGUUCCACGGCAGCACAGUGUGCGCCACUGCUCUCCAGCGGCAGCAGCUCGGGCCCCACAUCCCCUCGCUCAUCCCUCUAAAUCCCCUUCCUGGCCUGUUCUAGCUGGGACAGGGCGAGAGGCUGGGAUGUGCCCGGGAGCUCUGGUGGGCAGAUGGAUGAAGCAGCGCUGUGGCGGAGCUCAAGGGCUGUGGGUAUGGGAUUGUCUGGAUGCAAGGUGCAGCCCAUGCCGGGCCCAGCGGAGCUUGCUUGAACUGCCUGCCCUUCCCAUCAGCUUUUAACAAUACUUGUGUCAGCACAGGAGCACAAAGUCACUGGUGCCUCGAGUUUCCUUCAGCUGGAUGGGGGUUUCAGUGCAAAGAUACGAGGUGGGGGGAGGGUAUGAUCAGAUUCUACUGCGGCAGCAUCUGGCUGGGACACUCCCCUAUCCCCACAGAGGGCACUGUUGGUAGACCACAAUUCACCAUCUGCUUUGCAAGUUAAGGAGUUUUUCUGUCCUUGCUGCCUCCUGCUGGAGGCACCAACAGGUCCUGCAAGGCACCCAGCUGGGACAAGGCCAGGGCGCCCAGCACCUGAGCCUGGCAGGGACCCAGCACUCCUGCCAGAGAGGAGGCCAGCAGCCCAGUAUCCCAGUCUCCCACCCAGACAUGGAUCUCAGCAUUCCCGUAUCCUGCGGGGGCCCCAGCUCCCCAGCCAGGCAGCAACUGCAGCAGCAGCUCCUCUCCAGGCAGGACGCUGGGGGAACUGCACUGCCAAGCAUCUCAAUUGGAAGGGCCCCAGUUUCCCAGCACCCCAGCCCCUCUCCCCAGUGCGGUCUGCCCACCUGCACCCCCCGCCAUGCCCCAGGCUCCCUGAAACUCCAAGACCGUCACGUCUCUGUUGCCGGUGGUGGAGAGGACACGGCCACCACUCACUCCACUCAUGUGUGGCAGAGCCAGAGGUCGGUGCUCUGCGUAUCCCCCCACAUCCACCCCUGCAGCAGCCCCUGUGAGGCUCUGUUACAAGUAGAACAUCUCAAACAAAACAGAAAUGUCAACUAAAGUCAGUUGCUGAAAAGGAUCCCGGGUGGUUUUAUCACCUAAGCUCCAACCAAGUGGAAUUUCCCAACCUCUUAAAGAGAUUGAACAAAAUCUGGUGAGGAAGAUGCUGCUGGCCCUGAAGACCUUGGGGCAGCAAGUACAGGAGAAGGGGGACUCCCCACUGGGGAUGCACUGGUGGCUGAACAGGUGGUGCUUCCAUCUGCCAGGAAGGACCAGGUAAGGAAGGAUCCCAAACCCACAGCUCUGUAAUGGAAUGUGUGGGAAACAAAUGGGAAUGCUGAGCUACCCCCGAGCCACAAUCAGCCAUCCUGCAUGGAGCAUCACGGCAAAGGGCUGUGCCAGGGGACAGAAGGGCUGCGCUGCAUGCCGUGAGCUGUCGGCUCUGCU